AUGCUCGACUAUUCGGCGCUGGCGGCGACGCUCGGUGAGGAGCUGUUGCAGAAGAUUCGCAGCACACGGGUGCUCAUGGUGGGUACAGGCGGCAUUGGGUGCGAGCUGCUGAAGAACCUGGUCGCAGCCGGCUUUGCCAACAUAGAAUGCAUCGACUUUGACGCAAUCGACGUCUCUAACCUCAACAGGCAGUUCCUGUUCCGCAAGGCGCACGUGGGGCGGCCCAAGUCUGAGGUGGCGCGCGAGUCUGCGCUCCGCUUCAACCCUGACGCUAACAUUGUGGCACACUGUGGCUCGAUCUUUGACGCACAGUUUGGCACGGCGUACUUUAGCUCGUUUGGCUUGGUCUUUAACGCGCUGGACAACUUGCCGGCGCGGCGGCACGUCAAUCGGCUCUGUCUCUCCACCAACACGCCGCUCAUCGAGUCUGGGACGGCCGGCUACCUGGGACAGGUCACGGUCAUCCGCAAGGACGCGACCGAGUGCUUCGAGUGCCAGCCAAAGCCGACGCCCAAGACCUAUCCGGUCUGCACCAUUCGCACCACACCAUCGGCCCCGAUCCACUGCAUCGUGUGGGCCAAGUACAUGUUCGCCAAGGUGUUCGGCGCGGUAGACGACGACGACGUCGACGACGACGGGAGCGGAUCUGACGAGGGCGGUGAGGGCGGCGACGAGGAAAAGGUUGCCAUGCUGCAGGCCAUGGCCCAAACACGCAAGUCUGGCGCGCAGUUGCGGGCCAUGGAUGCACCACAGCUGUUCGACUACCUGUUCUCGGAGCAGAUUGCGUCACUGCUGGCGAUGGACGUGCUGUGGAAGACGCGGACACCGCCGCAGAUCAUCUCGUGGGCCGAAGCGACAGGCGCGGGUGACAAGGAGGCUUGCGAGGCCGGGCCGAGCGCUGCAGGUGGGUUGCGGAGCCAGAAGGUGUGGAGUGUGGCCGAGGCUGCACAGGCCUUUGCGGCAAGCCACGCCGCGCUGGUUGCUCAGUACGCUGCCGCGGGUGAGCGGCCUCUGCUGAGCUUUGACAAAGAUGCCGCCGAUUGCAUGCGGUUUGUGACGGCCCUGGCAAACCUGCGGGCACGGUGCUUUUCGAUCGCGCCGUCGUCCGAGUUUGACGCCAAGGCCAUGGCCGGCAACAUCAUUCCGGCCAUUGCCACGACCAACGCCAUCGCCGCAGGCCUUAUGGUGGUCGAAGCGGUCAAGCUCCUUCGCGAGGCCGCGGACGAGUGUCGAACCUCGUUCAUCAUGCAAUACCCCACGCGCGGGCGCAAAGCGCGCUACCUCAACGCCGGCCCGGUGGCGCCGCCGAACCCACAGUGCUUUGUAUGCCAGGCCCAGUUUGUGACGCUCGCGAUCAACACGGUGGCGACGCCGCUUUCUUUCUUUGUUGACGCUGUGCUGCGGGGCCAUUUUGCGCUUCAGGAGCCGUCGAUUGAGGUCGGCUCGGCUGUUGUCUACGAGUCGGGCGAAGGCGCCGAGGACAUGGACGACCAGCUGCCUAAGAUGCUCGACGCCGUCCGCAUUACCGACUCGGCCCACGUUUCGGUCACUGACUACCUGCAGGAUUGCGAGUUUACCUUUGUCAUUGCGCACGAUCCAGGUCUCGCCCCGGGAGCCGACGAAUCAGAUGGGCGCUUCCGCAUCCUCCGCGCCGACCACGCCAAGCGCAAGCGCGAAGACGAUCAAGCCGGCGAGGCCAAGCGAGCCAAGCCAAACGAGGAGCCAACACAGUCGUAAACUAUCACGUGGACAAGGAA